AUGGUGACCAUCCCGCCGCCCCCGGUGGCGGGUGACGACCGCAGGUCGGUCUCAGUCCCCAAUCGUGCCCACGCCUUCCACGGCGUAGCCGGCGGCUCCGCACGUCCCGGCCACUUUGGCCACCACUUCGCGCCUACGUGCUUCGACAUUGCCCCUGUGCGCCGCCGCCGGCUCCCUAUUCAGCGAAGUGAGAGCUCCAGCGCCAGCCCAACGCCGCCCAGCGCCUCCUCCGGCUCUAGCUCACGCUCCCCUCGAAGCGACCAGGGUCGCCUCUCCUCCUCCCCGACGACGAGCAUUUCACUUAGCACGUCGCCGUACCCUUCCUCUCAGCACACCAACUCCCCCCAGUCGGGCGCGGGCACUCCUUCUUGGUCUGCCUCCUCAGGCUCGAUCGCGCUUGCGUCUUUUGGAAAGCGCAGCGCCUCCGCCUCCGGGUCCAAUGCGCCGGCGCAGCCGGUCCUUCGAUCGGGCGUCGACCUCACAAGCCAUUACCGGAACUAUGUCCGGGCAUUGAACACACGUACUUUCGACUUGAUCUGCCGUUAUGUUGCAACCCGCGUGACGCACAACGGCGUGACCAUGGGGCACGCCGAAUUCUGCAGUCUUAUCCCACCUGGUGCCGUUUUCAUGCCCGAGGACAUCAUCGUGGACUUCACAAACCGCACGGUAGCGGCACGGCUCUAUGUCGAGUACCCUUGCACGACGGGGUGCACCACCCUGUGGGGUGUUGCUCCUUUUGCCGCCGAUGGAGAGGAGGAAAGGGGCCGCACGGAGUGUCGAAGGAAGAUUUGCCAGGUAGACGAGAUGGCAUUCUAUCGUUUCGAUGAGGAGUGGCGCAUCGAGUCGGUCAACGUUAUGGUCGCUUCGAGGAACCCGAUCCGCAGUGGAAGCGGCAGUGAUGAUGACUAUCGUGAGCGUGCCAGGAGUGGAUCCAUGUGA